UGCGAGGCCUUGCCGUUUUCUCAUCGAUUGCUAGAGAAACUUUCGAAACUUCUACGGCGCGUUGACGUUCUCGCAAAAUAUUAAUUUAGGAAAAUAUUUGAUCAAAUUCGGCAUUAUUCAUACAUAUUAAACGUUACGAAUGUGGUAAACAAGUGAGGGAAACACAAAAACGUGAUUUUAUGUAUUUUUGUAUGGGAUAUGAGGUAAAAACCAGUGCGAAAAAGUGUUUGCAAUAAGGAUAUUCUACGACUUUGUAAGGGAUAGAGCAGUGUAAAACGGAAGAACGGCAAAAGCAUAGAAAAAAUAUUCAAAGUACCGUUUGCUUCUGAUCUAGGUACGUGAAUUUGCAGAUUGUAUAUUUUCGCUUUACAAUAAGUAAAAAGCAAAACAGCAUCCGUGGAACGAACAAGUGAUAGAAUUUAUACUUGUUCGUAUGUGAAUAAAUAUAUUCGUAAUGGAACAGCCAACAGCGGAAGCAGUUCUUCAGGGUGUCUACACACUGUACAACAAUCCAAACAAGCUUGAGAAGGAAAAGGCUUCCAAGUGGCUUGAGGCGUUCCAAAAAUCGAUCCAUUCGUGGGAAAUAGCGGAUCAAUUGUUGCAGCAAAAAUAUGACCUCAAUUCAUGCACUUUUGCAGCGCAGACGAUGCGAAAUAAAAUACAGAACAGCUUCCAUGAACUGCCUGAAUCCGCACACGACUCACUGCGGCAGAGUUUGCUAGAGCACAUCAGUCAUAUUACACUCGAAACAAAACCGGUAAUAGUUACUCAGUUAUCGCUUGCAUUAGCUGAUUUAGCCCUACUGAUGUCCUCCUGGCGCAAACCUGUUGUCACGCUUCUGGAACGUUUCUCUAAUAAUCCAAAUAUGAUGUACGCGGUUAUUGAAUUAUUAACUUUAAUUCCGGAAGAGAUCAACUCUCGGUAUCUCCGGCUUGGUGCAAAUCGCAGGAAAGAUAUUCUAACGGAACUGGAAACCGAUUCCAAUCUAGUCGGCGAGUAUUUGCUGAUGUGUUUGAUGAACUGCAAUGAUAAUGAAGUGUUGCAGGCCAAAAUAUUGAAGUGUUUUACAUCUUGGUUGCAUAUAAAUGCCUUCAACGUAUCUCAGCUAGGAGAUAACAUGAUAGUAGCAUAUUCAUUUCAAGUUCUUAGCAAUAUCCAUACGAAACCGGAAAUACACGAUGCUGCCACCGAUUGUCUGUGUGCAUUAUUACAAUGUUUAGAAACGAAUAACAACGGCAGUGGAAUGGAUGUAAAUUUGUUCAAUGGAAUACUGAGCCUGGAGGAAGCGUACAAUAUGUCGGUUGCCCAAGAGGAUUUGGAUCGAUCCAUAAAUUUGUGUCGAUUGUUCACAGUGUUGGUGGAAAGUAAUCUCACUAAAAUGGUAGCUGGUUCGGAAGCAACAUCACCACAUUACUCCAUCAAAUCCCUGGAACUGGUACUCAACUGCGUAGGUCAUUAUGAUUUUGAGGUUGCUGAAAUUACAUUCAACAUGUGGUACCGACUGAGCGAAGAUUUGUACCAGAGGAAUAAUGAAGCACUGACGGCGCACUUCAAGCCAUAUGUGGAACGUUUAAUCGCUGCACUGUACAAACAUUGUCAAAUGGAAGCCGAUCAUGAAGGAUUGAUAGAAGAAGGGGAUACUUUCAAGGAUUUUCGCUUCAAAGUAUCGGAAAUUAUCAAGGAUGUCAUCUUCAUUGUUAGCUCGAUCAGCUGCUUCAAGCAAAUGUUCGUCAUACUGCAGAGCCCGAAUGUGACAUGGGAAUCCAGCGAGGCAGCUCUCUUCAUCAUGGAGAAUGUGGCGCGUAACAUACUACCAGAAAUAAUGCAAUUGGGAGAGCGCGACAUACCAACGUCCAGAUUCAACCAGCUCUGUGAGGAGAGCGAGGUUGUUCCGAAAGUCGUCGAAGCAAUUUUAAACUUGCCGGAGAACUGCCACAUCGCAAUUCGGUACACGUCGAUAAACAUCCUGGGCGAGCUUUGUGAUUGGAUCGACUCAAACCCGGAGACUCUACAGCCGAUUCUGAACUUCCUGUUAUGUGCCCUACAGCAAAAGAAUGGACUAGCGACCGCAGCCGCAAACUCUUUACAGUCGAUAUGUUCUGCCUGCAAGAAGCAUAUGCUUGGACACAUAACUGGUUUAAUGGAAAUUGCACGGUGCUUGGAUGGAUUUGAAAUACAAACCGAAUCUGCGAUCGGUUUGCUCAAAGGAAUAUCCAUUAUUAUUGGUCGAUUACCACCAGCACAACUUACACCAGCUAUGCAGGAACUGUGUAGCUUCCAAGUGCAGGCCUUAAGCCAGUUGACGAGUGUCGAGGAUGACGGACUCGGUGUGAAGAAAGACCGACAUGAUCCUGUCUUUUGGGUUGAUCGUUUGGCGUCGAUCUACCGACACGUGAAUCCAACUGUAGAUGAUAAUGAGGUGAACCCUUGUGUAUUUGUUAUCGUUAACAACUGGAGCGUACUAUCGCGAGCAAUGGAAUGCUUCAAAGAUGACCCAAAAAUUAUGGAGCGAAUAGUUCGUUGCAUUCGUUACGCCAUUCGAUGCGUUGGCAAACAAGCAAUGCCAAUCCUUGAACCCCUGGUAAAACAAAUAAUUACCAUCUACUCAGGCCACAACCACAGCUGUUUGCUCUAUCUGGGAAGCAUUUUAGUGGAUGAGUUUGCCUGCGAAACUAGCUGUGUUCAAGGUUUGCUGAAUAUGCUGCAAGCGUUCAUCCAGCCGACUUUCCAAGUACUGCAGGUAGAAAACGGACUGAAAAAUCACCCCGACAUGGUAGAUGACUUCUUUCGACUCGUAGCCCGGUUUAUUCAACGGUCUCCGUUUCAACUUCUUCAAAGCCCGCUCGUUACACCUAUCAUCCAAUGCGGUUUACUAGCAUGUACUCUGGAUCACAGGGACGCCAAUCUAUCGGUGAUGCGAUUCUUUUGUAGUUUGCUUAGCUACGGUCGUCACGAUCGUGCCGAUGAAUUACGAUCCAUUGUUCAUAGCAUUUUACUACAGCACGGUGAAUCGCUAAUCAUGAAUUUGCUGUACGCUUCGGUGUUUUGUCUACAUUCGUACAUGCUUUCUGAUGUUGCUGACGUGUUCGUCGAGAUCAAGCAGCUCAACCCUCAGCAGUUAGAGGGCUAUGUUCGAAAAGCGGUCGAUGCGCUUCCUAAUAAGAACAGUGGCGGAUGCGUGACAGUAACCCACGACCAGAUGAUAGAAUUUGUUGAAAGUAUCGUCAAGUCCGAGACGCCGAGAGCUGUGACUCAGGCUUUACAAGAAUUCGCGCGGUUAUAUCGAUAAGUAAAAUGUAUGGCAUGCCGAAACAACCGUUUCGAGUGUAUGGAGCGAACCGGAUGCGAGCGUAAUUGACAUUUAAAGUCAUUUCAUUGUGUACAUAAUUUAGAACUAAAACAAGUGUAAUUGUAUUCCUUCUUAAUGUAGGAAAAAUUGGUUUAGUCUAUCUUAAGAAUAAAUGCAUUGUCUGACGAGUAGAGAAGAGGCGGUUGAAAAAAAAACGCAACUCUGAAAACAGCGAGAGUGAUCAUUUUAGGAAAAAGUCUAUAAUAUUGAAAAUUACAAGACUAAAAUUGUAGUACGAUAUUGAAAUAAAUUUGACAAUUAAUGAA